AUGUCGCCACCCGAUAACAGGUAUGACAUCGUCAUCGUGGGCGCAGGCCCCGUCGGCAUUCUGCUUUCUCUGUGUCUCUCGCGCUGGGGGUACAAGGUCAAGCACAUCGACAACAGACCCGUGCCCACUGCCACUGGUCGCGCGGAUGGCAUCCAGCCACGAUCCAUAGAGAUCCUGCGGAACCUGGGGCUGAAGCGCGCCUUGAUGGCCAACGAGCCGGCCAAGGUGUUUGAUGUCGCCUUCUGGGACCCUCAGCCUGGCGGUAACGGCAUCCACAGGACUGGGAACUGGCCGAGCUGUCCGCGCUUCAUUGACACCCGAUUCCCCUUUACGGCGCUGGUGCACCAGGGCAAAAUCGAAAAGAUGUUUUUGGAUGAGAUUGAAAAGGCGGGGACGUUUAUUCAGCGUCCCUGGACCAUUGUCGAUUUCAAAAACAGCGGCCGCGACGAGGCGUACCCCGUCGAGGUCAGUCUCAAGUGUCUCGAUACCAAUGUGAUCGAGAACGUGCGCGCCAAGUACCUCUUCAGCGGAGAAGGUGCCCGGAGCUUUGUCCGGGAAAAACUCGGCAUUGGCAUGUCGUACAAGGACCAGAUUUCUUUUGUCUGGGGCGUGAUGGAUGGUGUUGUUCGCACCGAUUUCCCCGACAUUCAGACAAAAUGCACAAUCCACUCAGACAGCGGCUCAAUUAUGGUGAUUCCCCGAGAGGAAAACAUGGUGCGGCUGUAUGUGCAAAUUGCUUCAUCCACCGAUUCCGAUUGGAGCCCGAGAAAGACUGCUACUGCCGAGGAAGUACAGGAGAUCGCCAAAAAGAUUCUUCAGCCGUAUAGUAUCGAAUGGGACCGCGUCGAGUGGUAUUCGGUAUACCCUAUCGGACAGGGAAUCGCGGAAAAGUACACCCUUGACCAUCGUGUCUUUAUGGGUGGAGAUGCCUGCCACACGCAUAGCCCAAAAGCCGGUCAGGGAAUGAACACUGCCUUCCACGACGCCCUCAAUCUUGCCUGGAAGCUGCAUGCGGUAGAGAGCGGUUUUGCAAACCGAUCUAUUUUGGAGUCAUAUGAGCUCGAACGAAAACAGAUUGCCGAGAACCUGUUGAGCUUCGAUAACAAAUACGCUGCACUUUUUUCAAAGCGGCCCCCAACAGCAGAAGAGGUUGGCAACGCAAAGUCAGGUCACAGCGACGGCGAAGAAGACGACUUUGUCAAGACUUUCAAGUCAUCUUGCGAGUUUACAAGUGGUUACGGAGUUGCAUACGAGCCCAAUGUCUUCAACUGGAGUUCCAGCCACCCAGCAAAAUCGCCCCUGUUUGGCAUUGAUGGCGUCAAGCUUACGCCUGGACGCGUUUUUACUCCAACCAGCGUCACGCGCCUCUCUGAUGCAAACUUUGUCCACCUGGAACAAGAAGUCCCCGCCAACGGAGCAUUCCGCAUCUUUGUCUUUGCCGGUUCGCCAUCAAGGAACAAGGUGGCCAUUGAAGACUUUGCACAGAACCUUGAAAAGGAAAACUCUUUCCUGUCUGUCUACCGCCGACCAGACCUGGGCCAUGUAUCCUACUUUGAGCGACACAACCCUCACUCGAAACUAUUCACGAUCAACGUCAUCUUCGCUUCGCCGAAGAAUGCAGUAGAGGUAUCAUCCUUGCCCCAGGUGAUCAAAGACUAUCACCAUCACAUAUACGCCGACGAUAUCCCCGAUGUACGCGUACCACACGCCAAAUUUCCUGCUCAUGAAAAGUUGGGUUUUGAUCCUGAAAAGGGCGGUGUUGUGGUUGUGCGCCCUGACAGCCAUGUUGCCUGUAUCGUGCAGCUUGUUGAAGGCAGUGGUACUGUUGAUGCUCUGAAUGAGUAUUUUAACAGUUUCUCUACGAAUGAACUCGGCCAAGCGUCGUCGAGUCGACUUCAACGGGGCACGCGGCAAGCGGCAGGCGCAGGCGUUAAACCUUUGCCGGCAAUCGACACCGACCCCGCAUCAUCAGACCACCCACCAGAGCCAUCAUCACCAAGUCACCAAGCAAAACAAAACAACCAAAAUGCUCUCCUUGGUACUAACAGCCGACCUGCAAGGGUGAGGCCGUGUACCAGUCUGAUAAUUCCAAUUCCAUUGCUGACGUCGUCCCCCAGUGUGACCGAGCUGCGGCCGCAGGACACCGAGGAAGACCCGUACUAUUACACCUUCAAGGUCCUCUGCAGUUCGUGCAGGGAGGUGCAUCCGAAUUGGAUUAGCUUUACGCGUUAUGAAAAGCACGAAAUCCCCGGAAGUCGCGGCGAAGCCAAUUUCGUAUGGAAAUGCAAGGUCUGCGGGAAAACACACUCUGCAAGCAUUUCUGCGGGCCCAAACGCCUACGAGGCGACGGAUAAUGCCAAGGCAAAGACCCAGAAGAUUGUCGAGUUUGAUUGUCGCGGGCUCGAAUUUACAGAGUUUAAACCGGAUGGCGAAUGGGCAGCCAAAGGUGCGGAAAGCUCAACUGUCUUUACAGAAAUAGACCUGACCGAGGGCGACUGGUACGACUACGAUGAAAAGGCUAGUGAAGAGGUGAGCAUCAAGGAGAUGACCUGGGAUAUCAAGAACGUGAAUUCCAACCAGUCAACCCGCGUCCCUUUCUGCAGGCCAAGUACGAAACCCUCUUCGCGCAAAGAGCUGAAAAAACCCCACGCUAAUAAUCUGUUUCCUUUCAGAGUCGGCUCCGCCUUCGUGAUCCGCCUUAAAUGGGGCCAGACCGAGUAUCGAGGAACCCUCGAGAGCAUAGAUUCCUAUAUGAAUGUAUUGCUGCGGGACACGGAAGAGUUUAUCGACGGCAAGAACACGGGCAAUCUGGGAUUAGUGCUGAUCAGAUGCAAUAACAUUUUGUGGAUGGGUGGUGCGGAUGGUGUUGAAAUGACGGAUUUGGGAUUGAAAUAA